UGGGCUAGCUGACGUAACUUCUUUAGCUGACGUAAUUUCCUUUGUUGACGCUACAAGGCUGACGUGGUACUAACAAGAUGAACAGAGGCGGAAACGGUUUGGCUGAUCAGAUGACCCUUCACACCGAUUCUUCUCUCCCUUCAUCCCUCAAUACCAACAUGGACAACAAUGGGAACCUUCCCACCCCGGAACCACUCAUGAUGAAGCCCUGGCAUGAACAGGUCAGUCAGGACCUGAGGGACCACUUAGUCCACAAGCUAGUUCAAGCCAUAAUCCCCACACCAGACCCUGCAGCACCGAAAGACAGACGCAUGGAUAACAUGGUCGCUUACGCUCGUAAGGUCGAAGGGGACAUGUUUGAGUAUGCCAACAGCAGGGAUGAGUAUUACCAUUUACUGACUGAGAAGAUCUACAAGAUCCAAAAGGAGCUGGAGGAGAAGAGGAGGUCCAGGUGCAAUCAUGUUCCACAGCAGCCUGGCCACCAAGCCAUCACACCACCAAGGAUGGGACAGUUUAAUCCUGUCAUAAUGCCAGACGUACAGAUGUCUCAGCAAGCAUUAAUGGAUCUCACGAUCACUGAUUAGGCCAACUUCUCAUUAACCCACAUUAGACAAAUAUGCAUAUAACUGCCUGCAUUAAACCUGUCUGUUAUGAAGCAAAAUA